GUACCCUGGAGCUGCGCCUGCGCAGAGGGUCGAGGACCCAGUGUCCUGAGAAAGCUUAGCGCCUGCGCGUUGUGGGCUUUGGGGGGGCCUCCCGGCCUGAGGGAGAGGAACAGGGAAGAUGGCGGCUGUGGUGGAGAAUGUAGUCAAGCUCCUAGGGGAGCAGUACUACAAAGAUGCCAUGGAACAGUGCCACAACUACAACGCCCGCCUCUGUGCUGAGCGCAGCGUGCGCCUGCCUUUCUUGGACUCACAGACUGGAGUAGCCCAGAGCAAUUGUUACAUCUGGAUGGAAAAGCGACACCGGGGUCCAGGAUUGGCCUCUGGACAGUUGUAUUCCUACCCUGCCCGACGCUGGCGGAAAAAGCGUCGAGCCCACCCGCCUGAGGAUCCUAGGCUUUCCUUUCCAUCUAUUAAGCCAGACACGGAUCAGACUCUGAAGAAAGAGGGGCUUAUCUCGCAGGAUGGCAGCAGUUUAGAGGCUCUGUUGCGUACUGAUCCCCUGGAGAAACGAGGUGCCCCAGAUCCCCGAGUUGAUGAUGACAGCCUGGGCGAGUUUCCUGUCACCAACAGCCGAGCACGUAAGCGAAUUCUGGAACCCGAUGACUUCCUAGAUGACCUUGAUGACGAGGACUAUGAAGAAGAUACUCCAAAGCGUCGGGGAAAGGGGAAAUCCAAGAGUAAGGGUGUGAGCAGUGCCCGGAAGAAACUGGAUGCUUCCAUCCUGGAGGACCGGGAUAAGCCCUAUGCCUGUGACAAUAGUUUCAAACAAAAGCAUACCUCGAAAGCGCCCCAGAGAGUUUGUGGAAAACGUUACAAGAACCGACCUGGCCUCAGUUACCACUAUGCCCAUUCCCACCUGGCUGAGGAGGAAGGAGAGGACAAGGAAGACUCCCAACCACCCACUCCUGUUUCCCAGAGGUCUGAGGAGCAGAAAUCCAAGAAAGGACCUGAUGGAUUGGCCCUGCCCAACAACUACUGUGACUUCUGCCUGGGGGACUCAAAAAUCAACAAGAAGACAGGGCAGCCUGAAGAGCUAGUGUCCUGCUCCGACUGUGGCCGCUCAGGGCACCCAUCCUGCCUGCAGUUCACCCCUGUGAUGAUGGCAGCUGUGAAGACCUACCGCUGGCAGUGCAUCGAGUGCAAGUGCUGCAACCUCUGUGGCACUUCGGAGAACGACGACCAGCUUCUUUUCUGUGAUGACUGUGACCGUGGCUACCACAUGUACUGUCUCACCCCAUCCAUGUCUGAGCCUCCUGAAGGAAGUUGGAGCUGCCACCUGUGUCUGGAUCUGUUGAAGGAGAAAGCGUCCAUCUACCAGAACCAGAACUCCUCCUGAUGUGCCACCCAGCUCCUCACAUAAGGCUGUUGCUCUCCUCCACCUUGGUUUUCAUCCCCCCUCUCUUCCUCUUUCACUUGGUAGUCCUGCCAACCUGCCUUUGGCAUCAAACAGCACAGGGAGGUGAUAGCCCUGACUGCCUCUGGCCCCAAGCCCUCAGGGAGUAAAGAGCAGCACGCUGCCCCAGGGCCGAUCUGUGGGCCCAACUUCUCUCUGCUCUCUAGGAAGUGCAUUCACUCUGCUUGCCUUGGGCCCAGGUCCCUGGUAAAUCACAGGGUCCAAAGGGAGUCCUCAGAAGGAGUAUGAGAGCAGCUCACUUGUCUCAAGCCUGGCCUAGCACCCCUCCCUCUGGUUUCCAGGGGUUUGCCCCAGAGGUGAGCCAGGCCAGGCCUUUGCUGGGAGCAGCUGGAGAGAACAGGCUGAUGUGGCAUGUGCCAGGACCUUUUCAUGGCCCUUGUUUUGCUCCCUUUUGCCUCCUGCCAAGAGUCCCACAUCCUCUAUCAUGCUCCAUGGGGUUCUGUGCUCCAGCCAGGACGCUCUCUGGCACCUGGUUCUGCCCUGUCCUGCGCAGUCCCACAAGGGGACAAGCAGCUUCAACCUGUUCUUCCUGUGCGCGGCUGGCUUGCUCACGGGUGCUCUCUGGCAACCCAAACAUUUCCCAUCCUCAGAACUUCUGUCCUCUGCCUCCUUAUUCCCUUUGAUUUUGUGGGGAGGGGGACAGUGUCAGGGCUGUGCCAGCAGCUUGGGGGCCACAGGGAGAAGUUGGAUAAUGUGCCUGUUUUUUAACUCGAUAAAAAAGCCUACCUCCAAAAUCCCUUUUUUCGUUCUUUCCUGGACCUGGGCAUUCAGCCUCCUGCCCUUAACUGACUCAGGGGCCUCUGCCUCCUGCCUGUGUACCCUGCUCUUAGGUCACAGGGAGGUCCCUUUCCAUGCACGCUAGCUAGCAGCUGGUAAGGUCUUCACACCCUGAUUUUUCUGUUUCCUGCUUAGUGGGACUGACAUUAAGUAGGAGGGGAUAGUCCAUGCCAGGAUAGUCUGGAGUGGCCUUCCCCCUUGGCUGUGGGCAGGCCCUGACUGUUGUUUUCUGCAAAGUUGAGGCCCCCUCCUUCCAUCUUUAGUUCCUGUAUUCAAAACAUUAGUAGAAAUAAACAUUUUUACAGAGCCCUCUGCUGAAUGGUUUGUCUCCUGACUCCUUGUUGAA